GAAGUGUAAAGAUGACUGAAAACUGAAGCGUGAAGUAGAAGUCUCUCUACGGUUUCUUUCUUUUUAACCACAGACAACGAACACUCAUCUUUUUUUCUUUAUCAUUUACUUCCCUCUGCACACCACCUCACCCCCCUACUCCCACCCCACAAGGGUAAAGAAAAGAAAAACCCACAAAACAAUGUAUUGAAGAGGGAAAGAAAGAGAGAGCUUCAAAGAAUCAUCAAUGGAGUUCGAGUUUGACCUUGAAAAUCCAUUACCGAAUUCAGAUACUAUUUUUGUCAUUGAGACUGAUCACAUGCCUGCAAAAUCUUUCCUUGAGGAAACAGAUUUACGUGUUUCGGUUCGAAACGAAACCAUUUCUUUGGUGUUACAUUUUUCUCGAAAUUUUGAUCCAUUUUUAUCUUAUCUUGCCAUUAAUUACUUGGAUCGGUUCCUUUCUACUCAAUUUAUACUGGAUGGGAAGCCGUGGAUCUUGAGACUUUUGGCUAUUUCUUGCGUUUCAUUAGCACUGAAGAUGAGAAAAACAGAGUUUUCUGUUACUAAAAUCCAAAAUGGUGGAGGUAUUAUUUUUGAUUCACACACCAUAGAGCGAAUGGAGUUGUUGAUCCUUGGUGCUCUAAAAUGGCGAAUGCGCUCGAUCAGUCCUUUUUCUUUUAUCCAUUUCUUUAUCUCAUUGUUCAAAUUUGAGGACCAAGCAUCAAGUCAAGCAUUGAAAGACAGAGCCACUGAGAUUAUAAUGAAAGCUCAAAAUGAUAUCAAGCUCCUCGAGUUCAAGCCAUCAAUAAUUUCGGCAUCGGCUUUAUUAUCUGCAGCUCAUGAAUUGUUUCCUUUACAAUUUGCUAGCUUCAGAAAUGCAAUCUGCAGCUGUUCAUAUGUAAAUAAGAAUAAUUUGUUGAAUUGUUACAAUUUGAUGCAAGAAAUAGCAAUGGAUGGCUAUGAAUCAGUACUAGACAUGGGGUCAAGCUCAUGCACGCCGGUUAAUGUGCUCGACUUGCAUUGCUCAAGCGCCUCAAGUUGGACAGUGGUUGAUGAUAAAAAACAAUGAAUUGUCUGACGAAGAGAAAAGAGAGAGACACAUGUAUAUCAUUGCAUCAGUCGAGAUUGAGAGCGACAAUCUCUACAUCGAGGGGCUAAAAUAAAUAGAGGGCUCUGAUAUGUUACAUAGAGAUGUGACUUUCUCCGUGGAAAGCAUUUUGGAACAUAAAACAUUAAGGGGUAUCAUGAGCCGUUCAAUUCAAUAUUUUGUUAUCUAGUUUCACUGUGAAAGUUUGGCUAAGCUUAAUAUAUUUACUUAUAACUAAGGGGGUGUUU